UGUUUUAUUUCCUCUUCAGAUGUGCUGUGAUCACUUCUAUCCCCGCUGGGGAGUCCAAAACCUUUGAGUGCCGUGGAAUGGAAGGCCGUUAUGUAAACAUUGUGAUUCCUGGAAGACAAGAAUCCCUGACACUGUGUGAGGUCGAAGUCACCGGGCAGCCUUAUGUUAUUAAUAUUGCUAAAGAUGGAAAAGUUGCUCAGUCCUCCCUGUACGGGAAGGCCGUCCCUGAAAGGGCCAUCGACGGAAGCCGUGCUAGUAACUGGCUUCAGGGAUCCUGUACCCACACACAAAGAGAUAAAAAUCCUUGGUGGAGACUGGACCUCCUGAGGCCCUAUAAGGUCAACACUGUCACCAUCACCAACAGAAAAGAUUGUUGCCAUGAAAGGAUCAAUGGUGCUGAGAUCCGCAUUGGAAAUUCACUCAAGAACUAUGGCAACACUAAUCCUAGAUGUGCUGUGAUCACUUCUAUCCCCGCUGGGGAGUCCAAAACCUUUGAGUGCCGUGGAAUGGAAGGCCGUUAUGUAAACAUUGUGAUUCCUGGAAGACAAGAAUCCCUGACACUGUGUGAGGUCGAAGUCACCGGGCAGCCUUAUGUUAUUAAUAUUGCUAAAGAUGGAAAAGUUGCUCAGUCCUCCCUGUACGGGAAGGCCGUCCCUGAAAGGGCCAUCGACGGAAGCCGUGCUAGUAACUGGCUUCAGGGAUCCUGUACCCACACACAAAGAGAUAAAAAUCCUUGGUGGAGACUGGACCUCCUGAGGCCCUAUAAGGUCAACACUGUCACCAUCACCAACAGAAAAGAUUGUUGCCAUGAAAGGAUCAAUGGUGCUGAGAUCCGCAUUGGAAAUUCACUCAAGAACUAUGGCAACGCUAAUCCUAGAUGUGCUGUGAUCACUUCUAUCCCCGCUGGGGAGUCCAAAACCUUUGAGUGCCGUGGAAUGGAAGGCCGUUAUGUAAACAUUGUGAUUCCUGGAAGACAAGAAUCCCUGACACUGUGUGAGGUCGAAGUCACCGGGCAGCCUUAUGUUAUUAAUAUUGCUAAAGAUGGAAAAGUUGCUCAGUCCUCCCUGUACGGGAAGGCCGUCCCUGAAAGGGCCAUCGACGGAAGCCGUGCUAGUAACUGGCUUCAGGGAUCCUGUACCCACACACAAAGAGAUAAAAAUCCUUGGUGGAGACUGGACCUCCUGAGGCCCUAUAAGGUCAACACUGUCACCAUCACCAACAGAAAAGAUUGUUGCCAUGAAAGGAUCAAUGGUGCUGAGAUCCGCAUUGGAAAUUCACUCAAGAACUAUGGCAACGCUAAUCCUAGAUGUGCUGUGAUCACUUCUAUCCCCGCUGGGGAGUCCAAAACCUUUGAGUGCCGUGGAAUGGAAGGCCGUUAUGUAAACAUUGUGAUUCCUGGAAGACAAGAAUCCCUGACACUGUGUGAGGUCGAAGUCACCGGGCAGCCUUAUGUUAUUAAUAUUGCUAAAGAUGGAAAAGUUGCUCAGUCCUCCCUGUACGGGAAGGCCGUCCCUGAAAGGGCCAUCGACGGAAGCCGUGCUAGUAACUGGCUUCAGGGAUCCUGUACCCACACACAAAGAGAUAAAAAUCCUUGGUGGAGACUGGACCUCCUGAGGCCCUAUAAGGUCAACACUGUCACCAUCACCAACAGAAAAGAUUGUUGCCAUGAAAGGAUCAAUGGUGCUGAGAUCCGCAUUGGAAAUUCACUCAAGAACUAUGGCAACGCUAAUCCUAGAUGUGCUGUGAUCACUUCUAUCCCCGCUGGGGAGUCCAAAACCUUUGAGUGCCGUGGAAUGGAAGGCCGUUAUGUAAACAUUGUGAUUCCUGGAAGACAAGAAUCCCUGACACUGUGUGAGGUCGAAGUCACCGGGCAGCCUUAUGUUAUUAAUAUUGCUAAAGAUGGAAAAGUUGCUCAGUCCUCCCUGUACGGGAAGGCCGUCCCUGAAAGGGCCAUCGACGGAAGCCGUGCUAGUAACUGGCUUCAGGGAUCCUGUACCCACACACAAAGAGAUAAAAAUCCUUGGUGGAGACUGGACCUCCUGAGGCCCUAUAAGGUCAACACUGUCACCAUCACCAACAGAAAAGAUUGUUGCCAUGAAAGGAUCAAUGGUGCUGAGAUCCGCAUUGGAAAUUCACUCAAGAACUAUGGCAACGCUAAUCCUAGAUGUGCUGUGAUCACUUCUAUCCCCGCUGGGGAGUCCAAAACCUUUGAGUGCCGUGGAAUGGAAGGCCGUUAUGUAAACAUUGUGAUUCCUGGAAGACAAGAAUCCCUGACACUGUGUGAGGUCGAAGUCACCGGGCAGCCUUAUGUUAUUAAUAUUGCUAAAGAUGGAAAAGUUGCUCAGUCCUCCCUGUACGGGAAGGCCGUCCCUGAAAGGGCCAUCGACGGAAGCCGUGCUAGUAACUGGCUUCAGGGAUCCUGUACCCACACACAAAGAGAUAAAAAUCCUUGGUGGAGACUGGACCUCCUGAGGCCCUAUAAGGUCAACACUGUCACCAUCACCAACAGAAAAGAUUGUUGCCAUGAAAGGAUCAAUGGUGCUGAGAUCCGCAUUGGAAAUUCACUCAAGAACUAUGGCAACGCUAAUCCUAGAUGUGCUGUGAUCACUUCUAUCCCCGCUGGGGAGUCCAAAACCUUUGAGUGCCGUGGAAUGGAAGGCCGUUAUGUAAACAUUGUGAUUCCUGGAAGACAAGAAUCCCUGACACUGUGUGAGGUCGAAGUCACCGGGCAGCCUUAUGUUAUUAAUAUUGCUAAAGAUGGAAAAGUUGCUCAGUCCUCCCUGUACGGGAAGGCCGUCCCUGAAAGGGCCAUCGACGGAAGCCGUGCUAGUAACUGGCUUCAGGGAUCCUGUACCCACACACAAAGAGAUAAAAAUCCUUGGUGGAGACUGGACCUCCUGAGGCCCUAUAAGGUCAACACUGUCACCAUCACCAACAGAAAAGAUUGUUGCCAUGAAAGGAUCAAUGGUGCUGAGAUCCGCAUUGGAAAUUCACUCAAGAACUAUGGCAACGCUAAUCCUAGAUGUGCUGUGAUCACUUCUAUCCCCGCUGGGGAGUCCAAAACCUUUGAGUGCCGUGGAAUGGAAGGCCGUUAUGUAAACAUUGUGAUUCCUGGAAGACAAGAAUCCCUGACACUGUGUGAGGUCGAAGUCACCGGGCAGCCUUAUGUUAUUAAUAUUGCUAAGGAUGGAAAAGUUGCUCAGUCCUCCCUUUACGGGAAGGCCGUCCCUGAAAGGGCCAUCGACGGAAGCCGUGCUAGUAACUGGCUUCAGGGAUCCUGUACCCACACACAAAGAGAUAAAAAUCCUUGGUGGAGACUGGACCUCCUGAGGCCCUAUAAGGUCAACACUGUCACCAUCACCAACAGAAAAGAUUGUUGCCAUGAAAGGAUCAAUGGUGCUGAGAUCCGCAUUGGAAAUUCACUCAAGAACUAUGGCAACGCUAAUCCUAGAUGUGCUGUGAUCACUUCUAUCCCCGCUGGGGAGUCCAAAACCUUUGAGUGCCGUGGAAUGGAAGGCCGUUAUGUAAACAUUGUGAUUCCUGGAAGACAAGAAUCCCUGACACUGUGUGAGGUCGAAGUCACCGGGCAGCCUUAUGGUACGCAAGCGUCAAACGUUAUUAAUAUUGCUAAAGAUGGAAAAGUUGCUCAGUCCUCCCUGUACGGGAAGGCCGUCCCUGAAAGGGCCAUCGACGGAAGCCGUGCUAGUAACUGGCUUCAGGGAUCCUGUACCCACACACAAAGAGAUAAAAAUCCUUGGUGGAGACUGGACCUCCUGAGGCCCUAUAAGGUCAACACUGUCACCAUCACCAACAGAAAAGAUUGUUGCCAUGAAAGGAUCAAUGGUGCUGAGAUCCGCAUUGGAAAUUCACUCAAGAACUAUGGCAACGCUAAUCCUAGAUGUGCUGUGAUCACUUCUAUCCCCGCUGGGGAGUCCAAAACCUUUGAGUGCCGUGGAAUGGAAGGCCGUUAUGUAAACAUUGUGAUUCCUGGAAGACAAGAAUCCCUGACACUGUGUGAGGUCGAAGUCACCGGGCAGCCUUAUGUUAUUAAUAUUGCUAAAGAUGGAAAAGUUGCUCAGUCCUCCCUGUACGGGAAGGCCGUCCCUGAAAGGGCCAUCGACGGAAGCCGUGCUAGUAACUGGCUUCAGGGAUCCUGUACCCACACACAAAGAGAUAAAAAUCCUUGGUGGAGACUGGACCUCCUGAGGCCCUAUAAGGUCAACACUGUCACCAUCACCAACAGAAAAGAUUGUUGCCAUGAAAGGAUCAAUGGUGCUGAGAUCCGCAUUGGAAAUUCACUCAAGAACUAUGGCAACGCUAAUCCUAGAUGUGCUGUGAUCACUUCUAUCCCCGCUGGGGAGUCCAACACCUUUGAGUGCCGUGGAAUGGAAGGCCGUUAUGUAAACAUUGUGAUUCCUGGAAGACGAGAAUACCUGACACUGUGUGAGGUCGAAGUCACCGGGAUAGUGGCAGAUUCCAUUGACCAUAUGUGCUUUGUUGGGUAGUAAUGGAAUACAUUUGAUCCAGGUUACUUCCUUGCAGUACAAAGUAGACUACAAAUAAAUAGGUCAUCAGCCUACAUUCCAUUUCUACAACAAUGUGAACACAUUACAAUGUAUUUAGUCUUAAAAUAAGUUGAUAAAUACAAUUAAUUAUGUGAUUACACUGUUGAUUCUAUCUUUUAUCUCUAAGGUAAUUCUAAAAUGAUCAUAUAUUUUUUUCUGUGAUAUGAAUAUGGAGGAUAUGUCCUACUGUAUAUCAAAGUAAGUACAGUGACAAUGCCAGAUGAACAUCUGAAGCCCUAGUUUUGAAUUAUGAGAGCAAAGUCCUCCAUGUGGACUUUGAUUUUAAAAAAUAGCUGCAACAAAACUUACAUGGCAGAAACAGCAUCAGAAACAAACAGCACACACACCUGUAGUUUGUGCCAGUGCUGAUUUUGUAAGGGUAAGUUUAUAUGACCAAUUGGUAGAUGAUUAGCAUACAAAAUCCAAUGUUUUAUCAUAGUCAUCCAAAAGUAAUUAGAUUAUAUUUCAUUUUUGAAAACACUGGAUUCCUCAAAUAACUGUAAUCAGUAACUGACAAUGAAAUUAAUCUGACGCAACCCUUUAUGUCGGCAACAAAUUACAGCAAUUCCUCAAAUUCAUGUAGCUGUGUCUACUGUACUUUAAAGCUUAUACAUGCAUGUUUUUCUGCUUCUUUUCCUGAAAUAAAACAAAUCAAUUCAUGGUCAAUCA